GGCGCGCAGGUGGACGUGGUUCGGAUCCUAUUGUAGCAUCCUCGUCCUCAGCGCUGCCACCAUCAUCACCAUCAUCAUCACCAUCAUCACCCUCCUCAUCCUCAUCCUCCUCAGCGCCACCAUGUCCUCCUCGUCGCGCAAGAUCUCCUCGGAGUCCUUCAGCAGCUCGGUGGGCUCGGACUGCGGGCUGGAAAGCCCCGGGGGAGACGGAGGGGACGGCGGGUCGGAGCCGGCGGACGAGAGCCGAGGUUGCCCGUUUUCCUCCUCGUUCUCCGCCCGCAGAGCGGAGCUCUGGAACGGCCGCGGCGCAGACAGGUCGGCCUGCCCGGAGCAGACGCGAGGAGCCUGCGUCCCCCACAAGAGGGGGACCAGGAGGAGACGGGUCAACCUGGACUCGCUGGGAGAGAGCCUGAAGAGACUCACCUCACCCACGACACAGACUGUUCAGGAAGCUCUACAGCGAACUCUACAAUUCUACAGACAACAAGAAAUAAGGUGUCAAGAAGUUGGAACUGAUGAAAGACGAAGAGAGAAGACAGACGAGAAGUGCCCAUUUCUAGAAAAUUCUGGUUCAGAAGAAGAUGUCCUACAAAUCCUUCAGUAUAUGGCCACAAUACUGGGCGUACCCUUCUGUGAGCUGCGAGAACAUUUUGGGGAAGAGUUCUUUGGCCUGUGUUUUGAAGAAAACGAGCGAGUACUUCGGGCUGUAGGCGGCAACCUUCAGGAUUUCUUCAAUGGUUUUGAUGCCAUUUUAGAACAUAUUCGCACCUCCACGGGGCGCCGUGCCUCAUCUGAGAGCCCGUCCUUCCAGUGCAAGGAUCCCCGGGAGGAGGAGAAAGGCAGAAGAAAAUUGGACAAAGUUGGAGAUCAACGAGAAAGAGAUCGACGAGGCAAGGUGCUAGUUCUUCACUGUUUCAACCCUGCGCCUGUUGUCGGAUUGGUUAUGCCAGGUUUGAUCAGAGCUGUUGCCAGGAGGAUUUUUCAUUCAGAGGUAGAGGUGGAAGUGGUGCCACCUCUUACUCCACUGUUGCCUAACGAAGAUACAGAACAUACAGACUUUGAUUCCACUACCCCCACUCCCACUGCAUCCCCCAGUGUAUCCCCUUCUUCAUCCCCAUCCCCUCCAUCCCCUUUUCAAACCUCUGUUCCCACAGUUUGCCUUUCCUUCCAAAUCCAAGAGACAUGUUUGCCCCCUCUCCCUUUCCUCCCAAAUUCAACUUCAGUUAGCACUAAGCACCCCCCACUCUCACUUUCAACUAACCCAAGUGAUCUCCGCAUUGGCCUGGCCACGUUUUGCCGUGCCUUUCCGUUUCAUCUCGUUCUGGGGCCGCACAUGGAGCUGCUGCAGCUUGGAGAAGGAUUGAGGAAACAGACUCGCAUUGAGCCUCACAGAAACCUCUCAUUUCGGGAUUGCUUCGAGAUUGUCUCACCCAAGAUGGAGCCGUCAUUCCAGGGAAUCCUGCUGAGGCUUGCAUCCCCCUUUACCAUCCGCACCAGGCCCGACACCUCACAGGCUGGCACAAAGGAGAAGGUGAUGGAGCUGAAGGGUCAGAUGAUCCAUGUGCCCGAGUCCUGCUCCCUGAUGUUUCUGGGCUCUCCACGUGUUGAUAAAUUGGAAGAGCUCAUGGGGAGGGGUCUCCAUCUUUCAGAUAUCCCCAUCCAUGAUGCCACCCGGGACGUUAUCCUGGUGGGGGAGCAAGCCAAGGCCCAGGAUGGUUUAAAGAAAAGAAUGGACAAGCUAAAGGCCACAUUAGAGCGGACUCAUCAGGCACUGGAGGAGGAAAAAAGGAGAACGGUGGAUCUCCUGUACUCCAUAUUUCCAGGUGAUGUGGCACAAAAACUGUGGCAGGGCCAGCCUGUGCCUGCUCGCAAAUUUGAUGAUGUCACCAUGCUGUUCUCGGACAUCGUGGGUUUUACUGCUGUGUGUGCCCAGUGCACACCCAUGCAGGUCAUCUCAAUGCUGAACGAACUCUACACACGCUUCGACUACCAGUGUGGCAUUUUGGAUGUUUAUAAGAUCGAGACGAUAGGUGAUGCAUACUGUGUAGCUGGAGGACUUCAUAAAAAAGUUGACAGCCAUGCAAAACCAAUUGCACACAUGGCCCUGAAGAUGAUGGAACUUUCAGAGGAAGUGUUGACACCUGAUGGGAAACCUAUCAAGUUAAGGAUAGGUAUCCAUACAGGCUCAGUACUGGCAGGCGUGGUUGGGGUUAAAAUGCCACGUUACUGCCUGUUUGGGAACAACGUGACUCUAGCCAGCAAGUUUGAAUCUGGGAGCCAUCCGAGAUGUAUCAAUGUUAGUCCAACCACCUAUCAAUUAUUGAAAGAUGACCGCUCCUUUUCAUUUGUCCCUCGUUCGCGGCUUGAGCUCCCAGAGAAUUUUCCCAAAGAGAUCCCAGGGACAUGUUACUUCCUGGAGGCAGGGACCUCGCACAGCCACGCCUCUCUCACCAGCUCUCGCUCAGCUCCUCCGACCUCUAUGAGGAAAGUGUCCUACAGCAUCGGGACCAUGUUUCUAAGAGAAACAAGUUUGUAGAUCUGUACGCAGACUAGAGUUGAUGGACAUUUGCGGCACGAGGGACUGGAUUUGAAUCCUGGGAACAUGCAGGAACUCGAUUACUUGGAUCUUUGGAUAUGCAAAUGCAAUCUGUUAAAAACCUGUAGGAUGAAAAAUACUUUCAUCACGUGUGAAAAAUAACAACUCGCCCCUUAUCUACACUGAGCAAUGGAGAUAUACUUCAAAAAACUUGACAAGCAGCCACUGCACUAGUCUCUCAUCGUUCCCCGUGGAGGCGGACUGAUUGAAUCGUUUUGCGGAGAAACCUAAAUGUAAAACCUAAUGAUUUACAGUAGCUGGAUGUUUCAGCUUCAGAUCUGGUCUCUAGCUCUCUCCAGUAGUCUUUACUCCCCUUUGAUGCCCAUGUCUGGGUCCAAACAAAACAAUAUUGGGAGAAUACCUGGGAAGAGCCCCACACUCAGACCAGGGAUCCACUCAUCAGCCAUGGAAUUGUGCAAACUGAACAAUUCAUAACGAAGAAGGAAGAAGGCCACGUUGCUUUACGCGUUCGCUCUGGGUCAUGCCCUCUUGUACAAGAAAGACCACUGAUGAAGAACAAUGCAGCACCCCACCCUCACCUAGUAACCUUUUCUUUUUGUACCACAGAUGUAAAAGGGCCCAUGCAAAUUUAAUCAACACAGUUCAAGUCUACUUGUUUGCUGGCAGACUGAGUAUGACUUGCUCAGUAAAAAUCUUAAUCUUAAUCUCAACUAGACAUGGAUAAGCAGAGAUUUGGUCUUUGAAAAUUUCCACAAACUGUCACCAUGAAGUGAGGAAUGAAGAUAUGGUUUGGUGGAAUAUCUUGGAGUUUCACAGAGACUUGGCAAAAUUUCGAUAAACUAAAAGUAAAAUAACUUCCACUGCAUUGCUGCCAUUGUUCUUCAUCAGUGAAAUACAAAUCAGUAUUCAAAUUCAUAGAGAAACCUUCUGUGGUAAAAAAAAAAAGAAGUAUUUUAGAGGGUAUAAGUUUCCAUUAAAUAUUACAAUUUGUGUUAAUAGAAAUGUUUUUACUAUAUAAAGAAGUACACAGGAGUUUCUCAGUGUCAAAACCUUAUUUUAACCCAUAAAUGAUGCAAAUUUCAGACAUUAUCUUGGUUCGUUAAGUUUAGAUGAUAUCAGCUGUGUGUGCUUACAUUCUUUUCUUGUAUAAGAAACAUGUUUUUUUUUUCUUUCUAGGUUAAAACUGACAAAAAAAAAGUUAAAAAAAAAGAAAAAAAAGCAGCCAAAUAUAUGGUUAUUUAACAAGUGUCCACUUUGAAUGGACACUGAGCAAAAGGUUGCAGUUUCACAUUUUGCCAAAUGAUAAUCUUGUAGCAGAGCCUAAAAAUGAAAUAAAAUGUGCCAAUGCCAUUCAAAGCACCACCAGCACAGGCUAACGCCAUAUUUUAUGAGUGAACGUUUGGUUUCAGCUGUUGGUUGUGAACGAGUUGCUCUGAGAGUCUGCAGGAGCAUGUUUAUGAUUUGUUAUCUCAAAUGCAGACAGGAUGGGGGGAGCAGAAAUAAAGCAAAUUUCCCCAGAUGUUUACCAAAACUUUUAUUCACCAUUUGGUGUUGGACUGCCACCAGAAUAGCAUUUAAUAUUUGAUUUUGUUGGAAAGACUGGAAGACAGGAUACAAACAAUGAGAGGAGUUUUAAAACAGCAGAGUGAGAAAAAAUAUUGUAUUUCCUGAGAAUGAAAUGGGGAAAGGAUGAGGAAAAAAAUCAGGAAAACAUCUGGUUUUGUGUCAGCGCUUCACUUUGUUUUCCAAGCAUCACUGUAUCACCAUAAUGUCAUUUGUUUCUUCAAGGAUCUUGACUGUCCAGAGACAUUUGUGUCUCAUGGAUGAAGUUGUGUUACAUCCAUGAUUUAUUUUUCUUUAUAUAUUUUUUUUAUAAAAUAUCAUGCAAAAAUUGGUUGCCAAGUGGUAAAAAACAGCUUUGAUCAUGGUUCAUUAUUGCCAUAGAUGUGUACGUUGGAAGGCAGUAGCAUUAGAAAACCUUAAAAGCUUGCACAUUAACAUCUUUUGUAAAGGCUCUGGUAAAUUUUGGUAAUGAAAUUAGACAAUUUUACUAACAAAGGAAAAUUUAGUAUAAUUUUAAGAAUAUUUUUCCAUAAACAUCAUAGUGUUAUUCCAAAUAUACUAUAUAGAACAUCCAGCUGUUACAACUUUUCAAAAUUUUUUUUUUUUUGUGUCACAAGUAUGCUAAAGGAUGGUAAUAUAGCAUACAGCUAACAAAGUCUCAAUAGAAAUAACAUAAAGAAAAACCCAACCAAUCACAUGGUAACAGUUCUUUCCAACACUUGUUAGCAAUUGUAGCAACAAGAGAAAAUUGGUAUUAAACCAAAUAAGGUGCCAUUGUAUUAAUCUAUUAAAAUACACAUUUUCCAAAUUCUAAAAAUGUACGUCACAACAUUGUUUUGCUUUGAAUUGGUGACAAAUAUAAAAAGACAGCAUAACAUUGACAGGUACUGUAAUUGUCUUGUGGUCGCAAAGAACACCAAGCAUUCAUGUUCAGUGUAAUAUAACAGAGAACCAGAACCUGCAGCUCUCAUCCGGAGCAACAAUGUCUUGUCGUAAACCAUGGUCCACUGUGAUCGUAAGAAUGUCUUGCUUUCUUUUAUUUUUUGUUUUAAAGAGUUUACAAGUGGAUUCCAGUGUGCAGUUUUUUUUUAAAGCAAAAGAAAAACUAAAGGGGAAACAUUAACUGUGUGAACACUGAUGUUCUUUCCACCCUCAAAUGGACUGUCCUUAGGGACCUCGCAGAGUGAAGCACUCUUCAACAUAAUUGACAGCUGUGUUAUAGAGCCCGGGGGGAGGCUCUUCAAUGGGAACUUUCGCAAAAGUGCAUUGCAGUCAUUCUGGCUUAAAUGCACAAAUUCAUUAAAGUUCACUCAAAGUUAUUGUAGCCUAACUGGAGUGCAGGUGUCAUUUAUGCUCAUCUUUGGUAGUGUCUAAAUCCUGCUUGUAGGCUAAAUAGAGGAUGUUGCACCCACACAGCUUGUGUUCAAUAGUCAAAUCUCUAAGUCGAUGUUCUUCACAUGAUGUUAGCCGUUGAGCCCGCUCUUACUAGUCCUGCUGUUAUGAUGCAAGGCUGUUGCAGGUACUGGUUCUCUGCAGAGUCAUGGAGCAUUACACUGUACUGCAUAGUGUAGGUGACUCACUCAUACACAGGCAAACAUCACAGUUACACCACAGUGGAAACGCAGCUGAGCAAAUAAUAGCCAUGAGUAGAUGUAGUCGUGAUCCUGGGGUGAGGGUGGGAUGGAUCAGUAUCUACUGACACAGACACAUCGUGUAGCUACUAUCUGAAAGCAUAAAGUCUGCCUUUAUUGAAGUACCCUCAUGAGGCUUCCCCUUGUAGGGUUAUUUAUAGUGGCCAAACUUUAUUUUUCUAAUGGAUACAUAUAUUGUGAAAGAGAUGUGUGUGCUUUUUGUGCACCUCUGACUGCAAAGCCAAAAACAUCCAUAAGUUCUGGCACUGUUCCCUGUUUGCCUGUCUGUGUGAGUAAGUCAGUGUGAGUCAAACAUCAUUUAGAGAUUAAGCUGAGUUUGGCAGUGUACAAACACAGUUUUAUCAAUGAUUACCAGUUCUAUCCAAUAUAGAUCCUUAAUGCCCCCAUUUAAUGGAUCAAUAUAUUAAUUAAUAUGCCAAUACAUUCUAUAGAAAUAGCACAAAAACAAUUUAGGCACAAUUUAAUAUAUAAAUGUUAAUAAAGUAUUUUAUUAUUAUUAUUUAAAUUUCUUUUCUAACCAGGAUAUUGUUAUAAACUCGAAAUCAACUUCUUCCUCAGUCACUUGCAUUGCAUUGGGUUCAAGCUGAUGGGAAACCGUUCUGUUUUAUAAUGAUCUGGUUCUAACAGCUGAAACAAACAUGAAUGAAGCUGUUAAAGAAUUUUCAGCUUUUAAAAACAAAAAUAAAUAAAAUCCACCCCUGCUAAAAUAUGCACAUUAAUCCACCGAUCCACAACCUGUUAAAGGUACCCAUCCUAAAAAUAGUUGUUUUCUUUGUACGUAUUCCCCCUUUUAAGUUUUUUUCUUAUCCCGAAAAUCUGCUCAGUUUUUGCAGGAUGGUGUAAGUCCUGGGCAUGAGCCCUGUUAAAUGCUGUGUUGGGGAUCUGGUGUGACUUGGCUAUUGAAGGGGACUUGGUGGCAGCUGUUGGAUUCUGACUGAUGUUAAGGCCACAUCUUCUGUCUUAUACUAUGUAAAUAAAAAAACA